UUAAAUGUCAUCGAGCAAAACAAACGAAUUUCACAUUCCGCGUGCACUUUCUGUGUGAAGCCGGUAAAUUUUCUUCGCAGAAUGAUAGACACAAGUGUGAUUGUAGGCAUAUCCGCUACUAUUGUAUCGUUUGCGGUGGGAUAUGUCGUCGCAAGACGGUCUCCUCUGGAUGAUAGCAGGUCAGCUUCGGCGGAAAAGCAAGAUACCAAAAACGAGGGAACCGACAAGAUUUUCGCCGACAUGGGUGGAGAGUACAAAAUGGUUCUCGUCGUGCGGAAUGACCUGAAGAUGGGCAAAGGCAAGAUAGCGGCACAGUGUGGCCAUGCAGCCGUUGGAGCGUACGAGAGUGGAGUGCGGAACACGCCGGCAGCGAUCCGAAAGUGGCAGAACGGUGGGCAGGCCAAAAUCGCACUGAAGGUGGAAACCGAAGAGGCCAUGAUGGAAAUUUACCGUACGGCGAAAGCGAACAAGCUCAAUUGCUGCCUAAUACGCGACGCUGGGCGUACGCAGAUUGAACCGAACACUAAAACCGUGCUAGCCGUUGGACCAGCCCCAAACGUGGCCGUGGACAGUGUGACCGGUCAUUUAAAGUUGCUGUAAGAGCUGUCGUUCCCUCAAUACAGUUUGCUUUUAAGAAGCCACCCAAACACAAA